AUGGUCGGCGACGAUCGAGGCGUUGAGGCGGCAAUGGGAGUCGGCGAUCGUGGCGUUGAGGUGGACACGGCCGGCGGCGAUCGAGUCGUUGAGACGGCGACGGUGUUCAACGAUCGAGGAAAGGCUCCGAUUCCACCAGAGUGGCGAAACGAGCAUAUCAAUGAGUUGGGGGAUGAUGUGAUGCUGGAUGAUGCUUUGUGCAUGAAAGUUACAUCUGCUCUGAAGGAAUGUGGAGAAGAUAAUAGCGGCAAUGAAUUGGGAGUUAAUAAUGUGAUGUUGAAGGAGGAUGCCUUGCACAAGGAAAUUUCAUCUGUGACGAAGAAUAAUGAUUUGGUUGUUUUUACUUUAGUUGCUUAUAUCCAUUUUACUGUUGACAAAGAUGGCUUGUGGACCUGUACAAAGCAUCUGGUUGAUCACAAUCAUGAUCUUGUGCCGAAUGAAAUGAUUGGACUUCUUCGAUCUCAACGUGAAGUAGAUGAAAAUGAUAUGAAGAUAAUCAGAGACAUGACAAGGAGUGGCAUCCCUUUGGUUGAUGCAUUUAAGCAGGAGCAGUUAGAGGUCUCAAAUGAUGGCAAUACUGUGACGUACCAUGUUUGGCGGUUUGGGAUAGAGCACUUUAAGCAUGUGGUUGUACAUGACACUAGGUUACAGAGAUUCUCAUGCACAUGCAGGUCAAGCAUAGCUAAUGAGGGAGAUGGAAAAGCUGCUGGGCCAUUGCUGUGGAAGGCACUAAUUAUGAGACGAUUUUCAGACUUGGUGUAUGCAAGUGAAUAUAACAAAGAUGCAAAGGAAUUUUGUGAUGAGGCUGUUGACAGGCUUAAAGAAGAACUUGACAGUUUCAUUGGUUCAAAUAAUAAUGAUGAGUCUGUAGACAAUGAUGGUUUUUAUAAAGAAUCCGACUACCGAACAAGAGCUUCAGUUGCAUCAGACCUGCAUUAUCAAAGCAUGCCAUUUCCUUAUCCAAAGGGAGCUGCUCAACAUUUUACAGGCUCAGGAAGUUUUGCUGCUGUGAAUGCUUCCCGUCAAAGCGUGCCAUCUUUGAACGUAAAUUCCGGUGGAUUCUCAUUUGCUAAUCCAAGCGUAGCUGCCCAGCAUUUUUCAUGGGCAGGGGCUUCCACUUCUGUGAAUGCUUCUGAUCAAAAGCAUGCCUAUUUUAACUUGAUUGAUGGAGACCAUCUAGCUAACACUAAUGGAGAGGGACAUGUUGCUGCCAAUACUGGAGAAGACGAGCAAGUUGAGGUCGUGAAUGCUAAUGAAGGAUCUAAAGAUGCUGCUUUAAAGAAUAAUCCUUACAUUCGUGAUCCACUUUCAAAAAUUGUUGGACCAAUGACUCGUGCUAGACGCAAGAGGAUGAAUGAAUCACUUAAUAGUGUAAUUGUUACUACAUGGGCUAAGGAGGAAAUUAAGCUUGAAGAUUACAAGUCCAAGACUAUUAAUUUGCUGCAAGUAACACCAAAUGGAUUUGGCCCAUUUGGAGAGAAGAAUUUCGGCCCUCAAUCCUCAAAGGGACCGCCGGCCACAUCUCCUCAUGUUGGUCGAAUUGCUCCCUAA